AUGCAGAGUUCCCCUGGAGGAGGCGUGGUUCGCAAGUGGUCCCCUGUGGGCAGGCGGACACUCCUGGUCUGCAGCUUUAUCCUGGCAGCAGCUUUGGGCCAGAUGAAUUUCACAGGUGACCAGGUUCUUCGAAUCCUGGCUAAAAAUGAGAAGCAGCUUUCACUUCUCAGGGAUCUGGAGGGCCUGAAGCCGCAGAAGGUGGACUUCUGGCGUGGCCCAGCCAGGCCCAGCCUCCCUGUGGACAUGAGGGUUCCCUUCUCCGAACUGAAAGACAUCAAAGCUUACCUGGAGUCUCACGGCCUUGCUUACAACAUCAUGAUAAAGGACAUCCAGGUGCUGCUGGAUGAGGAGAGAGAAGCCAUGGCGAAAUCCCGCCGGUUGGAGCGAAGCACCAGUAGCUUCAGUUACUCCUCUUACCACACUCUGGAGGAGAUCUAUACCUGGAUUGACAACUUUGUAACUGAGCAUUCAGAUAUUGUCUCAAAACUUCAGAUUGGCCACAGCUUUGAAAAUCGGUCCAUCCUUGUUCUGAAGUUCAGCACCGGAGGUUCUCGGCGUCCGGCCAUCUGGAUUGAUUCUGGAAUCCAUUCCCGGGAGUGGAUCACCCAUGCCACCGGCAUCUGGAUUGCCAGGAAGAUUGUCAGUGAAUAUGGCAAAGACCGCAUCGUAACAGAUGUACUGAACGCCAUGGACGUCUUCCUGGAGAUUGUCUCUAAUCCUGAUGGGUUUGCUUAUACCCACAGUAUGAACCGCUUGUGGCGGAAGAACAAGUCCAGCAGACCGGGAACCUUCUGCAUUGGUGUGGAUCUUAACAGGAACUGGAAGUCAGGCUUUGGAGGAAACGGUUCUAACAACAACCCCUGCUCAGAGACUUAUCAUGGGCCCUCCCCUCAGUCAGAGCCAGAAGUGGCUGCCGUCGUGGACUUUAUCAUGUCCCAUGGGAACGUCAAGGCUCUGAUCUCCAUCCACAGCUACUCUCAGAUGCUCAUGUACCCGUAUGGCCACUCUCUGGAGCCUGUUUCAAACCAGGAGGAGUUGUACCAUCUCGCCAAGGAUGCAGUGCAGGCCCUGUAUGAGGUUCACGGGAUCGAGUACAUUUAUGGCAGCAUCAGUACCACCCUCUAUGUGGCCAGUGGGAUCACAGUUGACUGGGCCUAUGACAGUGGCAUCAAGUACUCCUUCAGCUUCGAGCUCCGGGACACGGGGCGCUAUGGCUUCCUGCUGCCAGCCGUGCAGAUCAUCCCCACGGCCCAGGAGACGUGGAUGGCCAUUCGGACCAUCAUGGAGCACACACUGCAUCAUCCCUACUGA